AUGCCGUGUACUGGGAGUUGCAGAGGCAAGCCACGGGUAGAAAAAGCGGAGAUAUCUAAUGAGAUGAGCGACGAUAUUUGGGCCAGUGAUGACGAAGGUGUCUCCACGUAUGCUGAUAGGAGAAGAGCGCAAAUAAAUCAAGGUUACUUAGAUGGAUUGACAUCAGCGCAGGAACUGGGGUUACAAGACGGGUUUGAUGAAGGAUAUCCGGAGGGUGCCAAGUUAGGUAUUCGGGUAGGUAGAAUAUUGGCAGAAUUGUUUGGAAGUACUUAUUUUGAACAAGCCCUGAAAGAGUUGAAUAUCACCAAGGUGCUUGACCGUAAGUAUUACAACGAACAGUUGGAUGCUAAUGAGCCUGACCACGAAUUGGUGGCAUACUGGGAGCAAAAAGUUAAAGAUACAAAAUCACAUGAAACUUCAAUUUGA